UUUUUUAACGUACCACAUUAUUUCCUAUCGGCGCGAAUAAAACCUUAUUGAGUCCAGUUUACAUGAAAUCAUGUAUGAUUCAUGCGAGAGUUUCGACCCAGACGUUUUACGCACUCACAAGUCAUAUGUACAUGUACGUGUACAAUGUAAAUGUACUGUACAUUGUACGUACACAACGCGCAAAGUUGAGGUGCUGAUUUUGCUCUUGUGACCUUUACCCUUCAUGUAUGACCAUUUUAUUUUCUUAAUUAACAAAUACGUGAUGAUGUGUUAAUAAAUUUAGACACGAUGACACAUUUGAUCGUUGAUAACGAGACACAAAAUGGGCGUUGGUAGUCCUACAAUGCGUCAGCUGAAGCAACCAGAGCGUGAUAUUCAUUUUUUUAAUUUAUGGUCUUUUGAACUUCAGAAGAUUUUUUAGCCACAAUGAGACGGGAGCUUACGAUAUUCUCAGUCAACUGCCUCAUGACAUCAAAGUAUGGACGGGCCUGCAGCUUGGCUCUGGGGGCUUUUUAUGGGUGAACCAGAAAGAGUUUGACUUGAGCGCCUUGUAAGUAGCACUUUCCAUUACCACCAUUAUACUUAUGCAUUCUUUUCGAUUUUUUUUCAUCUAGUUAGGUUGUUGCAGCUUAAUUUCACGCUGUUAGUUUAGUUUCAGAAGCAUACAAAUUUUGACCAACUUUUUUUCUGAAAGCAACUGCAACAGAAAAAAAAAUGAUUGGAAUACGUCUGAAAUACUCAAAGGGAAUGCCGAUGGGAAAUAGCUUGAGAAUAUUUGGGCUACAAAGCAGUAACUGCAUUAAACUUUUACAUGUUCAACCCCUUAUAAACAAACCUUGGGUUGUUUCAGAAACGUGUGUCUGAAGCUAGGUCUAGGGCCAUGUUAGCUGUGAAUAAAUUGCCACAUACUGACAAAAAGACAAUUCCAUCACUCGUGGAUGUCUGUUUAGGCAUGUCAUUAUGUGCUUCAAUCAAUUAAUAACCCAGUCUACAUCUCCCUACGUUGCAGUGUAAUUUGAGGACGUGAUCUCUGAUCUUGACCUCGAUGUAGAAUAAUCCCACUGGCCAGAGUUUAGUCCAAGAUCCAUCAAAAUCGUCAGUUACAUGUAUUUACUGGAAUGCGAGUAAUGUAAAUGCAUUUCGUGAAACAACGUUUGUUGAAUAUCUAACGAAUUAUGGAUUCAACAGGUCAGGUAUUAACGUGACAGGACUAGAAUCAGACCCUCUGUAUCCUGUGCCUGUACUCCUCCAUCGCAAAAACAGAAGGUGGACCUUCUUUACUGCCAAUCAUACUUACAUGGAUGCGGAUGCUGCUGUCUGCAGCUCUAAGAGAGUUUUGAAUGUUUACCGUGACUCCCAGCUUUACUUUCCGAUGAACGUGUUGAGUUUUGCGAAUGCAGAAGGAAAAAAACAGACCUUUGAUGUUGUUUCGUUCCAGUUGAUGGGAAAAAUUCCUAGUGAAGUCACACUUGUACGAACCGGCAACAGUGGUGGUUUUUUGAUCAACGGAACUGGAUUUGUGUUCUUGAACUUAAGUGGGGACGUGUGCUUGUCCAACCCUGCUGUGUGCCAGGACAGUGGUAUGGCCAUUUCUUUCUGGUUGACAAUUCUCCCAUCCAACCUGUCUCCAUCACACGUUUUCCAGUCUCGAGGAAUCGGUGUCAGCAUAAUGCAAGAACAACUCAUGUGUAACAUUACGAACGGAAGUCGUCAAUGGUAUACACAUGUGGAACUUGAUGCACCCAUAAAUGAGGAACUUCUUGUCAACAUCAACUGGAAAUCUAGUGAUGUGGAAGAGAGCAGCAAGUGA